AUGCCAGAAAUCCAGCAGCUGCUCUAUAAUAUUGCUACUAUCAACAACCCCUCGACUUACUGCAACAGCAUUGAUAGCUACCUGAAGUUAUGCCCGAAUGCACAAACGGAUAGCAUGGCCGAGGGUACUCCAUUUGGUCUCCCCGAUCAAAUGACCACCCAGGAGAUAAUUCACAUCAUCCCCCUCGCGGCAAGUAUCCAGCGUCUUGCAUGUAUGUGCCUCUACACUAUGCAACAGAGUUUCAUCUCAGCAGUGGGAAAGUCUCUUGGCUCCACAGCAGCCCAACGGGCAGCUGAACCUAUUGUUUGGAUUGAGGAAUAUCGUGUAUACUGGGUUCUAUGGCAUUUCCAGCACUAUAGCACCCUUCGGAAUACCGCGAAGUACCGCUGGAACUGGUCAAAAGAAUCCUGCAAGGAUUUGGGCGAUACUUACAUGACUUGGAACUACAUUUUUACCGGCUUACGAGAGCAAAUAUGGACUGUAGCUAGUGUUCUGGGGGACUUGGGAUUGCAUCCAUUAUACGGACAUUCCCAUAAUAAAAGGGCCGAGGAGACAAACCUGGAAGAGGAAGAAGGUCAUGAAGAAGAAUCCUCAAUUGCCGCUUGGGAAUUCCCCGCCGAAACGCCCAUUCCAAUCCCGUUCUUCUCAUCGCUAGAACCACCUCCACGUCCUCAUUCUAACCAGUGUGACUUUCCAAUCUGGAGCCCUGCUCCACUUCCAGACGAUGAUUCCCAAACCGAGAAGUUUUGGGGUCGAACUUCGCGCUCUCGGCUUGAGAUGUCCAAUUGCGCGCCAAUGAUCCACGCAUACACUUCCAUAAUCAAAUCUCGUCCAGUUUUCCAGCAGGCUUGGCGGGAUAUCAGACAAUUUGAACCGUUUCGACGUAUCGGUGUGAUGGUGUGGACUAGAUGGCGCAUGUACUGUGUCGGGCUGUAUUCGUCCUGUCCGCGAGGUAUAGAAAUAAGCACCCCGGAUGGGGACUACGUUCGAGAAACGGACUUCCGGCUGUCAAUGUAUGAUAUUAUUUCAAGAUGGCUGACAUUGGUUGGCAAGCCGCCGCCAGAUGUGGGCGAGAAUUAUGAUAACAGUCCUUCUACAUUGGCUAAGAUCAUAAAUCCUCGUUGA